UUUCUCAUUUUUGGUCAUUCCAACCAUUCCAUUGUAGUCUUACUCUGAUGAACUCUCAAAUCCAAAUGGAUAAUUUAUUUUUUAUCUACUCUUUUGUGUUCUCCUUGUUAGCUACUUUCACCGUAACUAGUGCUACUGAGACUGAUCUUUCUUGCUUGAAAUCUAUUAAGGAUUCUAUGAUAGACCCUAAUAAUUACUUAAACACCACAUGGAAUUUCAACAACAAUACAGAAGGUUUCAUCUGUAGAUUUAUGGGAGUCGACUGCUGGCAUCCUGGUGAGAACAGAGUCUUAAACGUCAGACUCUCUGACCUGGGGCUCAUGGGCCAGUUCCCUCUAGGAUUUGAGAACUGUACGAGCUUAACAGGCUUGGACCUUUCAGAUAAUAAACUCCAGGGACCAAUUCCAUCUGACAUCUGUAAGAGGUUACCACAGCUCACAAAUCUUGAUCUAUCCUUCAACAGCUUCUCUGGUGAAAUCCCAUCAAGCAUUGCUGAUUGCCAUUAUCUAAAUGAUCUAAAACUCGACAACAACGAUCUAGCAGGUCAUAUCCCACCACAAAUUGGCCAGCUUGAUCGGAUGAAGGUCUUUACUGUUACUAGCAAUCGAUUAUCAGGGCCAGUGCCAGUUUUUACACAUAAUGAUAUUCCAGCAGACAGCUUUGCGAACAACACAGCACUCUGUGGGAAGCCUUUGAAAAGCUGCUCAAGUCAUCAAAUGAAGGUUGAUUACUCAUUCAAAAGUGGUUUUGUGAUUGGUUAUAUAGUUUUUUCAACUUCAGUUGUAAUUUUUUUUACAUCCUGCUGUGUACCAUGGGUGUAUAUUGGGGAGAGGAAAAAAAAAAUCACAAUAUCAGAAAUGAUGAUGUUGAUGGUGAAGAGGAAGCAUAAGAUAACAGAUGAUGAUCAAGCAGGCAGCUCCCCAACAAGAGGUCUCUUGGAGGAAGGAAUUAAAGAGAUUUCCAUGUUGGAGAAGAGGGUUACAAGAAUGAGCUACGCAGAUCUUAAUGAUGCCACCGAUAAUUUCAGUGAGAACAAUGUCAUCGGACAGGGAAUGAUGGGGAUGCUGUACAAGGCAUCAUUGCCUAAUGGUUAUGUCGUUGCAGUGAAGAAGUUGCAUGACUCUCAGUUCCUUGAAGAACAAUUUAUAUCCGAGUUGAAGAUACAUGGUUCAUUGAGACAUAUCAACGUACUUCCACUGUUGGGGUUUUGCGUUGAGUCAAACCAAAGGUUUCUGGUUUACAAAUAUAUGCCAAAUGGUAACCUUUAUGAUUGGCUACAUUCCAUGGAAGAAGGUCAGGAAAAAGCUAUGGAAUGGGGUGUGAGGGUUAAAGUCGCCGUCGGAUUAGCAAGAGGCUUGGCAUGGCUUCAUCAGAACUGUCAUACCGUCAAAAUAAUCCAUCUUGACAUUAGCUCAAAAUGCAUAUUACUUGAUCAGAACUUCCAGCCCAAGUUAUCAAAUUUUGGAGAGGCAAUGCUCAUGAGUUCGACCUGCGCUUCCUCCGUAAAUAGUGAGUUUUGGGAGAUGGCAUUUGUGAAGGAAGAUGUGCAUGGAUUUGGAGUUGUGCUUCUUGAGAUGAUUACUGGGGUGGAUCCUAGCAACAUGACUGGUUCCUCAAACAAUGUUCUUAAUGAAUGGAUUGGUCAUCUUUUGAGCAGUUCGGAUUUUCAUGGCGCGAUAGACAAGUCUCUGAUCGGGCAAGGAUUUGACGCUGAGAUCGUUCAGCUGCUUAAAGUUGCAUGUACCUGUGUUGAUCCCAUUCCAGAUCGAAGACCGAUAAUGCUUCAAGUGUCCGAAGACAUAAAAGCAAUAAGGGAUAGAUGUGACCUAGUAGAUGAUUCAUCGAUGCUAAUGCAACCUGAAAUUUGCCCUGCUACUUCAGAAAAAUCUGUUGAGAUUGAAAUGACAGAAUUCCAAUGAAAACAACAGGACAAACAAAAAGCAAGUCUGCAUUUUCUA